AUGCCCAGCCAGCCAGCCACGCAGCAAAGGCCUCAAGCCCCGGAUCGAGCUACAGAUGGUCUUCGUUUCACCACCACCCACGGCUUCGUUCCCACGCCGCCCGAAGCCGAGUCCUAUGCAGUUCGAGGAGCAAACCAGUAUCAGCACAGCCGCACUGAUUCACAGGCCCGUCUCAUAACACCUACGAUCUCAGACUGGGCUAGGACGCCGCGCUCACCACCGCCGUAUAUUUCUGGUCUUCCGCGACUCAAGAAGUGGUGGCAAUGGCGCCCAGCAUGGGUGAUGUAUAUAUUCCUACUCUUCGGGUUCUGCUGUGCCCUCGGCCACCACUUGUUCUACGCGUCCCUUCACGGCCGGAUUGCCGACAAUCAGCUCGCCAUGCUGCGCUACGGAACCAUCCUGUCAUUCGCUGCAAAGGCUGGCUUUGUGGCCGCGGUCGUUACUGCAUUUCGACAACGCCUCUGGGUGACCGUACGGAAUAAACUUCUGAGCGUCGGUGCGUUGGACUCACUAUUUGCGGCCACGGAUGAUCUAUCCGCUCUAUGGAAUAUCGAGGUCUAUCAGAAAGCUCGGCUGGCGAUGCUUCUGGCCGCAUUGGUGUGGCUUACCCCACUGGUUAUAAUUCUCACCAGCAAUACUCUGCUGGUGGAGUUGGUUGAGAACGUGAAUCCGACCUUGUGCCCAGGAGUCAGGACGCUGAACUUCUCAGGCGACGAGUUGGAGGACUUUCGAAAACCCACGACGAUCGAUGGACUUUUCGGGCUUGCGAUCAACUAUUGGAACAGCACCUCCAUCAACCAAAGUGCGCCGGAGUGGUAUGAUUACUACACCGGGCCGAGUGAUCUUUUCCAGGCCACUGCGAGCCUGGGUAUAUUCUCACAUCAGGUAAUAGGCGCGAAGAAUUCCUCGCUUGACAUAUGUGGCUCCGGAUGGAACUGCACAUACACCGUCAACUUCGUGGCCCCUGGAUACAAAUGCACGGAGCAGGCCAGCGGCGUGGGGGCACAGGUCCGCGACCUCGGUGCCCACAAGGCACCCUUUGGAACCGAUGUGCUCCUUCCAGCGGGAAAUUUCAGCUACAUCGCAUAUACCAGCGGAGGUGACUAUGCCACGGCGCAACUGAAAGACGUAUGGCCUGGCGGCAUGCCUAAGAACAUGACGCCGCCUUUUCCACCAAAUCUCGGCGUCUUUCGUACAGAACCAUUGCUUUGGGUUGGAUACGCCGUACGGGUCAACCCUGGCGAGACCCCCAACAACAACACGAUCCCAGGCUGGGACAGCGCUUUCGUACCUAAGAUUUUUGCUUGCGAGAACUACGAAACUGCGUACACCGUUGAUUUCAAGUAUGAAGGGCAGGAUCAGUUCACGACGGUCACGAAGCGCGAUUUCCUUUAUCCUGUCUUGGACACAGCCUUUGUGCCUGGGAAGGAUGCGAACGAUGGGACCAACGACAACACAACGGCAACACCUGAAAACAACUAUGUCCGACCCUAUCCCAUGAGCGACAUGUCCACUGUCAGGCGGUAUCGCCGGGUCGCAACUUUCCAUUCUAUCGGCUUGAUGCUCCGCAAUGUUAUCAAUGGGACAAUGACCUCAAAUCCAAUAUCGAACCCGGUCACCAAUACCAAGGCCCUCCAGACAAAGCUUCUCGACCCCCGGCAGCAAUUCUUCCCGUAUACCAACCUGCAGGGCCUAGUGCAAGAGCUCUUUGAGGACAUAAUCUUGACCCUCUUCUCUAAUUACCGCCUCGUCUCCCUGGUCUGGGCUGCCAAACCUUGGGAGACCACAGGCGAUCUCAAGGGAAACGACACCACCCUGUACCCAUGCACAAAGUCGAGGUGGGAGAACAGGUUCAAGUAUAUCGCUCGGGACUUGUGGAUAGUCUACAGCUGCGCAUUCCUGUGUGCUGUUGUUGCGGUAGUCCUGGGGACAGCUGCCGUGCUCUCUAACGAAGGGCGCUUGUAUGACACGCGGUUCUCGAGCAUAGUAGCCGCAACCCGCGGCCCAGCUUUGGAAAAGGUCAUGUGGAAGGAAGACCGAGGCGACCUGCCCCCAGACGUUAGGAACCUGAGGGUUGGUUAUGGCCUGAUCCAUCGGGCAAGUACCCUUGGCGUUGUGGUUGACGACACGAGAUACCCAGAGCGAGGUGUAUGGGAGGGCGGUGAGAUCCGGUAUGGGUUUGGCCUCGAAGGGGACGUGAGGCAGCUCCGGAACGAGGGAAGUCUGUUCCGCGCACGUUCGUGA